GAGACUGGAGACUGAUUGAGAGAGCGCUGAAAGAAUAGCAGAGAGAGAUGCAUAGAGCAAAAGCCAUUGAAGCUCUGAGGAGGUGUGCGGCUCAGAGAGGAAGAAGCAGCUCUCUCUCUCAUCGCAGAGCCUUUUCUGCCCAACCAAGCUAUGCCCAAUACGACGACGUCCAGGACCUGGUUACGGUGGAGGGAAGAGCCAAAUCGAGAGCGGCAAUUCUCAACAGGCCAUCUGCACUCAAUGCUCUCAACAGUUCCAUGGCAGCUCGACUGAAGAGACUCUAUGAAUCGUGGGAGGAUAACCCGGACAUUGGAUUUGUCUUGAUGAAGGGUAGUGGGAGGGCUUUCUGCGCCGGUGCAGAUGCUGUUAGCCUUUAUCAACUAGUGAAUGAAGGGAAUCUUGAUGAAUGUAAAAAGUUUUUCGAGACAUUGUAUAAGUUUGUGUAUAUUCAAGGAACGUACUUGAAGCCACACGUAGCUAUCAUGGAUGGUAUCACCAUGGGAGCUGGGGCUGGAAUUUCAAUCCCAGGAAUGUUUCGCGUGGUGACUGAUAAGACUAUAUUUUCCAAUCCAGAGGCCCAGAUAGGUUUCCAUCCUGAUGCAGGGGCUUCCUUUUAUCUGUCUCGUCUACCUGGCUACCUAGGAGAAUACUUGGCUCUUACAGGAGACAAGCUUAAUGGUGUGGAGAUGGUUGCCUGUCGCCUUGCUACGCACUAUGCGUUAAAUGCGAGACUUGCUAUGGUUGAAGAACGCCUUGGAAAUUUAGUUACAGAUGAACCUUCUGUAAUAGAAACAGCUCUUGCACAAUAUGGUGACCUUGUUUAUCUAGACAGGAGGAGUAUACUUUCUAAGCUCGACGUUAUUGAUAGAUGUUUCAGCCAUGACACAAUUGAGGAAAUUACUGAUGCUUUGGAGAAGGAAGCUGCUGACUCUUAUGAUGAAUGGUGCAAAACAGUCCUCAAGAAAAUAAAAGAAGCCUCCCCUUUGAGUUUGAUAGUUUCAUUACGAUCGAUACGCGAGGGUAGAUUUCAAUCUCUGGAUCAGUGUCUGGCUCGUGAAUAUCGUAUAUCUCUUGCUGCAAUUUCCAACCGGGUCUCUAGUGACUUCUCUGAGGGCGUUCGAGCAAGAUUGGUAGACAAGGACUUCGCGCCCAAGUGGAACCCCCCUAGUUUCAAAGAUGUUUCCAAAGACAUGGUUGAUUGCUAUUUCUCACCGCUUCCUGAAGUUGAGCCGGAGCUGAAGCUGCCUACAGCAUUGCGAGAGCCAUUUAUGCAAGAGACGGAUUCACCCAAAAAAUGAUUCGGAGCUCAUGCAACGCCUGUUUCGUCGAGAGUAGUUAAGAGUUCGUUUGUAAUAGAGUUGUAUCAUCUGAAGGUAGAGGCUUUUAGUUGCUAAUGGCUUCUGGAGGACUUUGUUAUUUUUUGUUGGUCAAAGAAUGAAUAUAAAGCUUUGUCUUCA